GCACUACAAGGUCAAAACCGUCAUUCUUGAAAAGAAACAAUUUCAUCGUAGUUUUUGUUCGUUUCUCCAUCACCUGGCUCGAUCUACCCAACCAAAGCUUGCUUACAAGAAAGCGCAAGCAAUCUCUGUAUCGUCUCUGCGUGUCUCUCUCUCGCUCGCUCAUCACUUGACGAAGAGAUGAAAGAGAGUAGAGAUGGAACCAGGAAUGAUGGAAUUCCGAAAUCAUCAUCACCACUUAUUCUCGACAUAGACGACUUUAAGGGUGAUUUUUCUUUUGAUGCACUAUUUGGAAACUUGGUAAACGAGCUCCUGCCAUCUUUUCAAGAAGAAGAAGCUGAUUCAGUGGAUGGGCAUGGUAACCUUAGUGGAAAUGAUGUUUUGCCAAAUGGGCAUAAACGGGCCCCAUCUGAUGCAUUGAAGUUUUCGCAAGGACUAUCUGCUCCUGCUCCACUUUUUCCAGAAGUGGAUGCUCUCUUAUCUCUGUUCAAGGAUUCUUGUGGGGAGUUGACUGACCUUCGAAAACAGAUUGAUGGAAGACUCUACAAUCUCAAGAAAGAGCUUUCCAUCCAAGAUUCUAAGCACCGCAAGACACUUGCUGAGCUAGAAAAAGGUGUAGAUGGCUUGUUUGAUAGCUUUGCAAGGUUAGAUUCACGUAUAUCAAGUGUUGGACAGACUGCUGCUAAAAUAGGAGAUCAUUUACAGAGUGCAGAUGCUCAGCGCGUAACUGCUAGUCAAACAAUUGACCUCAUUAAGUACUUGAUGGAGUUUAAUAGCAGCCCAGGAGACCUAAUGGAACUUUCACCAUUAUUUUCUGAUGACAGUCGUGUUGCCGAGGCUGCAUCAAUUGCAGAGAAAUUGCGAUCUUUUGCCGAGGAAGAUAUUGGAAGACAAGGCAUAUCAGAUAUUGGAAAUGCAACUGCCAGCAGAGGGUUAGAAGUUGCUGUCGCUAAUCUUCAAGAUUACUGCAAUGAACUGGAGAACAGAUUGUUAGCUCGAUUUGAUGCAGCAUCACAGAGAAGAGAGUUGUCUACCAUGGCUGAAUGUGCUAAAAUUUUAUCUCAGUUUAACAGGGGUACUAGUGCUAUGCAACAUUAUGUGGCAACACGCCCUAUGUUCAUUGAUGUGGAAGUCAUGAAUGCAGAUGUCAGAUUAGUUCUAGGUGAUCAGGCUUCUCAAGCUAGUCCCAGCAACGUUGCCCGUGGGCUUUCUUCCUUGUACAAAGAAAUUACAGAUACUGUGCGGAAAGAAGCAGCUACAAUUACAGCUGUAUUCCCUUCGCCUAAUUAUGUCAUGUGUAUACUUGUUCAGCGAGUUUUGGAGCAGCGAGUUACAGCCAUUCUGGACAAGUUAUUAGUGAAGCCAUCUCUUGUGAACCUACCUUCUAUGGAAGAAGGCGGACUUCUGUUAUAUCUUAGAAUGUUAGCUGUGGCAUAUGAGAAGACGCAGGAUCUUGCUAGAGAUCUACGAGCUGUGGGAUGUGGUGAUUUGGAUAUUGAGGGCGUCACAGAAUGCCUUUUUACUGCUCACAAGGAAGAAUAUCCCGAACAUGAGCAAGCUUCUCUAAGACAAUUGUAUCAAGCAAAGAUGGAAGAAUUGCGUGCUGAAAGCCAGCAGCUCUCAGAAUCAACAGGGUCCAUUGGGCGUUCUAAAGGAGCUUCAAUAGCUUCUUCACACCAGCAGAUAUCAGUUACAGUUGUGACGGAGUUUGUGCGCUGGAAUGAAGAAGCAAUAUCCAGAUGCACUUUGUUUUCAUCUGAGCCAGCCACCCUUGCAGCCAAUGUGAAAGCAGUGUUUACUUGCCUGCUGGACCAAGUCAGCCAGUAUAUAACAGAGGGGCUUGAACGGGCUAGAGACAGCCUCACCGAAGCUGCAGCUUUGAGGGAAAGGUUUGUGCUGGGCACAAACCUUAGUAGAAGAGUGGCGGCUGCAGCUGCUUCUGCUGCAGAAGCUGCUGCUGCUGCUGGUGAAAGCAGUUUCAGAUCUUUCAUGGUUGCAGUACAGCGUUGUGGUAGUAGUGUGGCAAUAGUUCAGCAAUACUUUGCGAAUUCUAUAUCUCGGCUUUUAUUACCUGUGGAUGGUGCACACGCUGCUUCAUGCGAAGAAAUGGCAACGGCUAUGUCCAGUGCAGAGGCUGCUGCUUAUAAAGGGCUUCAACAAUGCAUUGAAACUGUGAUGGCAGAGGUGGAACGAUUGCUCUCAGCAGAACAAAAGGCAACAGAUUAUCGAUCGCCUGAUGAUGGAAUUGCUCCUGAUCAUCGUCCAACCAAUGCUUGCACAAGAGUUGUUGCAUACCUUUCCCGUGUGCUUGAGGGUGCCUUCACAGCACUAGAAGGUCUUAACAAACAAGUGUUUCUGACUGAAUUGGGAAAUCGUUUGCAUAAAGGCUUGCUUAAUCACUGGCAGAAGUUCACUUUUAAUCCCAGUGGGGGAUUGCGCCUGAAACGUGAUAUAACUGAAUAUGGAGAAUUUGUGCGCAGUUUUAAUGCUCCAUCUGUUGAUGAGAAAUUUGAAUUGUUGGGCAUUAUGGCCAAUGUCUUCAUUGUUGCUCCUGAAAGCCUCUCCACUUUGUUUGAGGGAACACCCAGUAUUCGGAAAGAUGCACAAAGGUUUAUUCAGCUUAGGGAGGACUAUAAAAGUGCAAAGCUUGCAACCAGGCUUAGUUCGUUGUGGACAAGCAGUUGAAACAGAAGUGGCAUGCUGAUAUGAAGGUAACCUUUCAAAGUUCUUGAAGUUCUGACAUCAAGAAGUAAGUAGGGUUAGAGAAGUGACACCUGAUUUUGGUGGCACCAGAACUUAGUCAUCUCCAUGCAGAGAAUAGGGUACAACAGAGAGUUCGUGUUCUAAUUCUUUCCUUAACUUUUUCCUCCUUUCUGAGUAUAUAUUUUUUAAGAUAUGAAUGGGAAGACACAAUAGUUGUAUUUUCCUGGUCUCGUAUUACUUUAAUUUAUUCUUUAGGUUUGCAGUUUCUGCUUUGACCAAUUCAAAAUGGAAAGUAUCUUGUGCCUUGGUUUGUGCCUUUUGUAAAUGAUAACUUUUAGAGAGAAACAGUGACAGUGAAGGGUGAUUUUUUGUAGUGUGCGUUACAUACUAGAAUUUAAUGA